AUGGAAAAAGGAUUGGAUCCUGAAGUUGUCGCAACAAUUUUUCAAGCGACAUACAUCGAUCCUAAGAUAAUAGAGAGAUUUCCUCCAGAAUUUCGAGAGUUGAUUCCGGAUGUUGAUCUCUCUGUCUUUGAUAAUCGCAAAAUUUCAAAUUCGGAAUUAAUCACGAAACUAAAUUUACAACUAGAUAAACGCACAAAAUUAAUGAAAUACAUAUACGAGCACCAACGGCAAAUCACAGAUAAGUUAGAUCAACAAGAAUUCGUUGGAGUUAUCAGUAUUCAGUCAUUUAUCGCUUUAAUUUACAAUGAUUUAUCUGAAGUUGUCGAAUCUGAUAUACAGUAUUUCAUUGCAUUCCUAGUUCUUUCUCUAGAUCUUGUACCAAAAUUUACGAAAGAAAUUAACACUACAUUUUUAAUCUUUUUACAAAGAGUUUCACAGACACAAAAUGUUUACCAUUUUCUUUCAGAUAUUAUCGUAUUUAUUUCUAGCUGCAGAUCGAUUUCUCCCUUGAUUUUGAUACAAACCUUACUUCUACUAGAAACAAUCAUAAAAAAUCAAUGGUACACUUCAAACUUAUCAACUCUUAUUACAUUUAUUAAUAGUUUAACGAAGCAACUCAAGAAUAUUGACGUAUUAAACAUAACCACCGACAUUUUGAAUAAUAUAAUUGAUCAAACUGCAAAUCUUGCAUCUAAUUAUCGCGAUAGAAAGACACUCGAUGCGGUUUUAACAUUCAGAUGCGAAAUUUUAGGAAUUUCACCAGAAAAUUACUACAAAUUCGAAGAAAUUAUCGAUCUAUUUGUAGAUGACAUAUCAUCUGUUACAACAUUACUUACGAAUUACGAAAAAAUACCAGAUCUAGAGACAAAUUUAGAAAAUAUAACAAAUAAUUCUAAAAAUGCAGUUUAUUUACUAUCAAGAGCGAGCUCCAAAGCAAAAGAAGCUCUUAUCAAGCUCUUUCUUCGUAUAGAAAUCAAUAGUUUUGCAACAAUUUCAAUAUCAUAUCUAUUUAUUUACAAAAUGAUCCAAAACAACGAACCUGAAGACAAAAAACUUCCUUUUUCAUUCUUUUUCCCUCAAUUCCUUUAUUACAACGACUUUUCUAUGUUUGAUCAGAAAUCUUUUUACAUUGUCAAUCUCAGACGCAUCGGAAUGCAACUAUAUAUGCUAUUAUACAAGACAAUGAGUCCCAGUGAUAUUCUGAAGUAUUUCAUUAUGUUUAUGUCAAAUUCAAUUUCGAAUCCGAAAAUUUUCACGGAAAUUUUGUUUUAUUCCAUGAAAAUGAUAAACUACAACAAACUCUCUAGUGUUGAGAUUGAACCAUUAAUGGCUUGCGUGUUUUCAGGCCUAGAGAUUGAUGAAACAUCGAUUUAUUCGAAAGAAAUGAGAAAACUCGAAUUAAAAAUGAUAAAAAAGAUUUGUAACAUGAAAAACAUCAAUUCUUUCAUUCUCUCGUCCAGAUCAUUGAGUACAGGCAUCAUCAACAUAAUCUUUGACUUGAAAUAUGGACGUUCUCUCGCAUCAAUUCUCGCUGUUCUUCUUAGAUCAUUGGAAUCAGAAAAUCAAACAUUUCUAGAUCAAAUUUUUAAAAAAUUGAAAGAAACCGAAGAAAAUAAAGUGUUGGCAAAUAUUUUGAAUACUUUACAUUCUGCUUUAUUUUCAUUAUCAAAUUUAGAUUUAGUUUUAUCGUUUUUUCACUCGGAUUCAUUUAGAUUUGUCAUUGCAAUGUUCAACAAAGACAUGGAUGAUGAUGUAUUGUUGAAUGCUUUGCUUCUUGUGUCAUUAGGAAUGAGAUUAAACAUAAGAGCAUUGACAAGUCACGAAAUUAAAAUGAUAAGUGAAUGCAUAAACAAAGAAAAACUUAAUUUACAGGUUUAUACUGUUCUUUGCAUGAUUAUUUCGGGAUCACAAACAGAUUUCAUAGGGAUAACUAAUCCCGACUCUUUCCCUUUCAUCAAAUCAAUUUUGUUGAGUGAUUUUAGAUCGGAUUUCUUGUUUAGAAUUACAAAUUUGUGUCAAAAUAAUGAUAUUCAGAAAUUACAAUGUAUUAAUUCUGAUAUUUUCUCUAUUUUAAAUGAUGUAUGUCCUGAUGACUGCUUCAAACACUUGGACCUGUUCGUAAUGAUUGCUUCUAAAUUCACUAACGCAAAAUUAAUUCGUCAAUACUACAAGUUUUUCGAUAUAAAAGAAAAUCAAAAUAUUUUAACAGAUAAAAUUCAAAAAAGUGACAAAAUUCAAAUUUCUUCAACAGAUAAAAUAGAAAAUACUGAACAAAAAGAAAAUAAAUUAAUCACAAAUCCAAAUGAAAAUCAAAAUAAUUUAGAAAAUACAACAAUAUCAAAAGAAAACGAAAAUUUGGAGAAAAAUUCUAAAAUUUCUGAAAAUUCAAAUAUUUCUAUUGAAAAUGGAGCUUCAGAUAAAAACACAAAAAUUUCGGAAGAUCAAAAAAUUUCUGAAAAUACAAAGAUUUCUAGUGAAAAUUUGGAUAAAAUUUCUAAAAACUCUGAUGAACAAAAAAUUUCUAAAGAAGAUAAAAAUCAAAGUUCAUUAGUCACGGAAACAAAAACACAUAUUGUUAAAACUGAUGGUUUGCCUAAAUCUGAAGGAAGUAAGAAGAAAGUUAGAAGACCUUCAAUGCUGACACAAGAAGGAAUUUAUGUUGAUAAAACAAAUUUGAAUUUAACGAAAGAUGAAAAAAUAACAAAUCUCUUACAAAUGACAAAAAUAAUAUUAAAUAGUGAUAAAACAUGUUUUGGAAAAACAGUUUUCUUGUUUUCUCCAGAAUCAGGAGGAAUCAACUUAAAUAUGACACAAUCAUCAUUUAGAAUAGAUGCUUAUAUACAAUUAUGUUCCCAAUCAUUCAGAUUAUUCAAAAUUGUUUCAGGAGAAAAUCAACUUUUUUGUAAUUUACAAAAAGAUUUCUUCGAAAUUGAAUUAGAAAACAGUGAAUUUAGGUCCCCUGUUCAAUUAAUGCAAAACAAAUGGUACAAGAUGUCAUUAUCUGUUAAUAAACUCAAAGAAUUUAUAUUGACGAUAGAUGACAAACCGUUGGCAACCGUUUUUCUUUCAAAUUUCGAAGAAGAAUACACAUUUGACUUGUUUUUGUUCGAAAGCCAACAAAGAAAUGAUACAAUUGGAACAGCGCAAGAGUCAAACAUAACUGGACCAAUUACAGUUUACAUUAACGAUAAGGCCGUUUAUUAUUUCACUCCUGAUUCGACAACAGAAGAUUUUUGUUUGGUAAAUUCACUUUCUUUCGAACCAGAGGUUAUUAAAAUCAAACCAAACAUGAUUUGCAAAGUUUCUUUAUUCAAGAUGAAUUUGUUGGAGUUGAAUGGAAUUGAAUUUUAUCUGUUUUUGUCUCAUUUUUGCCAAAAUGUCAAAAAUUUCAUUUCUAUUUUGGAAAUUUUCCAAAUGAUAUUAGAAAAUGAAAGUUUGGAUUUGCAAAAGAGACUUUACAAUUUGAAGUUCUUCAAGUGUCUGGCUUCUUCUUUAGAUAAUCUCGAAGAAAAACCAAAUACAAAAUUAUAUGAUCAAAUUAUGAAAUUUGACAAAAUUUUGACAUUUAAAGCCUUGAAAAAUGAUUUUCUGAAACAUAUCUUGAUUGGAACUCAGAUCUGGUUUAAAGACAAAGAUUGUGCAAUUUUACUUUUGUCGAAAUGGUCAGCGAUACAAGAUGAAGACAAACUUUAUUUCGCAAAGUUAUUACCUGUAGAAAGAAUUAUUUAUUAUAUCUCAAUUUCUGACAACUUUACAAAAAGUACUGUCACUUUAUUGUUGUCAAUUUUGAGAGAGUUUGUUUACAUCAACAUUGACAAAAAACUUUUACAAAUAUUAUUUAGAUUUUUAGAGCAUUUCAAAGAUGACAAAGAAGUAUCAAUGCAAGUUUUACAAGUCUUCUUUUCUUUGGCGAAAAGAGAUUCAACAGCACAAGAUUUUGUCAGAGAUUUCAUUUUGGGAAGUCGUUCUUUGCUUUCUAGCACACAAUCUUAUGUUAUUUAUACUGUAAUUAUGCUGUUUAUACAAAAUGAAGAGCCUUAUCACUCAAGAUUACUAUGGUUCUUCUUAAACGAAACAAGAUUCAGAUCGUUGCAAAUAAAUGAAACUUUUGCAACAGAAUUCUGUAAUUAUUUCAUUGGAAAUACAAAAAUUGACACUUUAGAAAAACUGAUAAAAGUGAAGUCAUUUAAUUCCAUUGCAGCACCAUUGUUUCCAUUCAUUUGUGUUCUUGGAAACUAUGUUUCACCUGAAUUAAGGAAGCAAAUGCAAGUUUUUGUUGCAAAUAUUUUGACACAAAAUGAUAUUUGCAUUAAAAUUUCAAAAACAUUGAAACCAUUAAGUAUUUCUAUUAUUUGUUCAUUCCUUCUUUUGUUUGAAGACAAAUUAACUGUUUCUUUUGUUAAUUUAAUCAAACAAAACACUGAAAUUUUGCCGGAAGUAUUAUCUUUCCUUUCUUUGAUGCAAAGUUUUGUUUCUUUCGAUGUCCAUGUUAUAGAAAACACUCUGUUGAGCGCAAUGACUAUGAGAGUUUUUAAUAAUGGUGAUUCCGAACAAAAGAAUGAUUUUGUUAAAACAGUUGUCAGAUAUUUACUUGAAACAAAACAUGUUGAAUUUAGAGAUGUUAUUUCACAAGAAACAGAUUCAAUUUUAGAUGAAACAAAUGAUGUUCAAAUUGUUGAAUUUGAGAAAAUUAUGCACAAAUCUAAAUCAACUGAGAGAAUCUCUUCAAAGAAAAUAGAUAGAUCUAAUUCUUCAGGAGGAAUUUCAUCAAAGAAAACAAUUAAAAACGAAAUUAAUCCACAGAAUUUCGGAUUAAUCGGAAGUUUCCCAGGAUUCAAAAAUGACAAAGCAAGUUUACAUGUCAAAAAUGAAUCUGACACAUCAUCAUUGAUAGGCAGCAUGAGUGGAAAUCAAUCUGAAAUAACUAAUUUACAUAUGAUAAAUAGCAUGAAUUUCCAAUCAAAUGAAAAAGACAUAAUUUCUGAGGAACAAAACUCAGAAUCUGUUUCGAAUUCUGUUGUUUUCAGUGAAGAAACAGUUAUUAAAUAUGAUAAAACAGAAGAUUGGGAAAAUGAAGAACUAAAAGAAGUUGGAACUCUUUUAGAUUUCAUCGUCAAAAAUAAUAAUUCUAAAAAAGUGACAAACAAAAAGAGUUUUGGACCAAAAAUUGUUGAAAACGAAUGGAUGGACGUCAACAUUGCAAUUUUAUUGUUAGAUUUCGUUCAAGACAAAGAUUUGAACCAAAAAUCCAUUGAAUAUUUCUUUGUUUUGUUGGAUUUCGUGUUAAGAAGUGAAAGAAAUUUGCAAAUCAAUCAUUCGGAUUUAUUAGAUACAUUUUGUCUUAAUUAUCCAAAUGCAAAGACAUUGAAUGUUUUAUUCUACGAAUGCUGCUUGUCUAAGGAAUACUUUGAAUCAGAAUCUCCUCAGUUUUACAGAGAAUACCAACUUGAAAAAGAAAAUUUGUUGAAAUUUUUCGAAGACAAAAAUGAAAGUUUACAAACUUUUUAUUCCGAAAAUUUUGAAAGUCAAUUUUCAAAUUUGGAAGAUGUUUUAGUUAAUUUCAUGUUAACACCAUUCGAAUUCGUAUCAAUCGAAUGUCCACAUUUAGAUUCUCUUUUGAGUUUCACAGAGAAAUAUUUCGUUCUUCAAAAAUAUAAAAGAAAACAUUGUUUCGAAGAACUCCAAGAAAAAUUCUCUUAUCCAAACUCAAACUUCGUGUUCAUCCUGAAAGAAGAAGAACAAUACUCAAGAAGACAUUUAUAUGAUCAUAUUUUGAGACCUUAUUUAUUCACAAAAAGAUUGAUUUAUACAAAAAGACCUGAAAUACAAAUUGAUGAUCAAGAAAAGUAUUUCGUGAAGAAAUUUGAUAAGUCAAAGUUCUCUUUUUACUGUUCUCAUUGUUAUUUAAUACGAGAUUACAAAGAAGAAAAAGUGUUUGUUUAUAUCUUUGGCGACCAAUUAAUUGUAAGAAAUGAUUUAUUCAUUUUUUACAAAGUUAAAUUCUCCGAAAUUUCGGCAAUUACUUGGGAAUGGUACAGACAUCAUCCAAACUCAAUGUCAUUCUACUUGAAAUCAAGGAAGGCAUUUCUACUUAAGUUCCCCAAUGAACACAACCAUCGUUUUGUUUCAGUGAUUUCUCAACAAAUUUUGAAUGAAAAUCCAAUUUAUUUUGUUUACGAUUCAAUUCCUUUUGAAAUGUUGGAGAAGCUGAAACUCACACUCAGAUGGAAGAGAAGAAUGAUAUCCACGUACGAAUACAUCCAUUGGCUCAAUAUCAUUUCUGGAAGAUCAUUUUUGUCAAGAGAAAAUUACCCAAUUUUCCCUUGGAUAAUGGCAAAUUAUGACAAUGAUUUAGAAUACGUCAAAUUCCGAAAUUUGGCGAAAAACAUCAACACUACGAACACAAAGAGAGUACAGAAGAUCAAAGCAAGAGAAUUAGAAGAUGCUCUUGAUAAUGAAUGUGUUAUUUUGUUUAAGAAUAAUUACAUUUCAAACAAAAUUGGAGUCAAAGAUUUGUUAUUUGAAACAAACAAGAAUUCUUUAGAAGAUGUUUACAAUGAUUUAGUUAUCCGUGAUCCAGAUGAUCCACGAGAUUCAUUUGAAUCAAUUGAAGAAUACUUUUACUGUCCAGAUUUGGUUUUCGACAAAAAAGUGCCAAAAUAUUUUUCAAAUGCCACUGAAUUUGUUGUAAAACAGCGUCAAAUGCUUGAAAUGGAUGGUGCAAACAUUGAGAAAUGGAUUGAUAUGGUAUUUGGAGUUUCACAACAAGGGGAAAGUGCAACACAAACAGAUAAUACUUAUGAUUACAAGAUUUUCUCAAACGCUUUUGAAGACAGAAGCGACGACAUCGAACAAGUAAUGGGAAAAAUGGGAAAUGCUCCACAGAAGUUGUUCGAUUCUUAUCAUCCGAUGAGGAAUCCUCAGACGAAAGGAGUUCAGCGACAAAUGGUCAAACUGGACAUUUCAGGAAUUUUUUGCAUGUUUUUGUAUAAAAACAUGAAUUUCUUUGUGACAAAUAACAACACAAUAAUUGGUGUGGAAGGUACAAGUGUUAAACAAACUCUUAACUACAAGAUAAACGAGAUCUACACUGUGAAACAUCUUCCUUCGACUUCAAGAUGUAGAAUUGCAAUUUUUGGCAGAUUUGAUGAUUAUUUUUCAAUUUUUGAUGUCGAAGAAAAGACAACAAUAAGAUCUUCGGAUAUUGGACACAUCUGUUCCAUUCAUUCAGACAAGACAAACAUUUAUUGUGGAAUAGAAAACGGAACAAUCAAAGAAAUCGACCAAAACUUGGAAAUUUCAAAGUCAAUUUCCAUUUCUGAUUAUCCAAUCAAAGAUAUCUAUUGUUGUCUUUUUAACAACAUCAUGAUAAGUGUUGAUGACAUGAAUAACAUUUAUUUCAUGAUGACACACAACUUGAGAGUUUAUAAAGUGAUACAAAAUGAGCGUUUAUCACUUGAAAAAUUCAAAAAAGUUGUUUAUUUGCAAACUUCAAAUUUGUUUGUAUUUUUGUUCUCCAGAACAAUGAUAACUUUCACGGCUAGUGGACAAGUAGUUAAAGAGACUGUUGAUAUAAGAUUUGAUAAAUACUUGGACAUCUGUUACUACAAAAACAACAAUUUCGAUGAAUUGAUUUGCGUUUCAACAAAUGACGGAAAACUUUCAAUUUUGGAUCCAAUAAAUCACGAAGAAACUUUGACAAUUACUCAGCUCAGAGUUGGAGUGAGCCAAAUUAUGUAUAAUACUGACAGCGAAUACUUUGUUUGCUCGAACAACGAAUUUUCUGUUUUAGUUCCAGACAGAAAUAUUGGUGGAAUUUUUGUUCCAUCAAGUCCAAAUAGAUUUAUGUUGUAA